AUGACCAACUCAAGAAAAUUAGGUUCCACUCGAAGCCAAAAUCUUCUUGAAAUUAUUCACACAGAUAUCUGUGGCCCUUUUCCAGUUCCAACCAUAGAAGGUCAUAGGUAUUUCAUCACCUUCAUUGAUGAUUUCUCUAGGUUUUGUUACAUCUAUCUAAUCCAGAACAAGUCUAGUGCUUUUGAAGUUUUUAAAGUCUUCAAAACUGAAGUAGAAAAUCAAUUAGAAUUAAAGAUUAAAGUUUUAAGGUCAGAUAGGGGUGGAGAGUAUUAUGGCAAGUACGAUGAGCAAGGUAGGCAUCCUUCACCAUUGGCACGUUUUCUACAAGAUUGUGGAAUCAUUGCUCAAUACACAAACCCUGGAACACCUCAAGAGAAUGGAGUUUCAAAAAGAAGAAAUAGAACUUUAAAGGACAUGGUGAGAAGCAUGAUUGGCAACACUGAUCUUCCAAAAUUUUUGUGGGGUGAUGCAAUCAAAACUACAAAUUACAUUCUGAAUAGAUGUCCAAGCAAGUCAGUUCCUAAGACUCCUUUUGAGUUGUGGAAUAAGAGAAAACCUAGCCUUAAUCACUUACACGUUUGGGGUUGUAGAGCUGAAGCCAAAGUCUAUAAUCUUGAGCUUGCUAAACUUGAUCCAAAAACAGUGAGCUGCAGAUUUAUUGGAUAUGCUGACAGAUCAAAAGGUUUUCGAUUCUACUGUCCUAAUUACGUGAAUAGAGUUGUAGAGACAGGCAAGGCAAGGUUUAUAGAGCACGAUGACAAUGAAGGAGUUAACAAAGACUUUGUCUUUGAAGAAGAAGGAGAGAUAGGAGCUGAACCUGUAAAUGUCACAAAUCCAGUGUUGCCUUUACCAUUAAAUCAAAUGUCUUCUCAAAUUAAUGCAUCAACUGAACCUGUGAUUCAUGAUCAAGACAUGGAGGAUUUGAAUGGGGAAGAGAAUGAAGCUGAUUUUGACGGUAUUGAAUUUGAGGACCCAUCAAAUUAUAAACAUGCUAUGUCUAGUGAAUACUCUGAGAAGUGGAUUGAAGCCAUGCAAUCUGAGUUGGAAUCCAUGAAAAGCAACAAUGUUUGGGAGCUAGUUGAGCCAAGACAAGGAAUUAAACCGAUUGGUUGUAAGUGGGUGUUCAAAACCAAGAAAGAUUCUAAGGGUAACAUUGAGAGACACAAAGCAAGGUUAGCGGCCAAGGGGUUCACCAACAAGAAGGAGUAG